AUGGUAUCUGUUCUUGUCGAUUUGAAAGCUAGCGUUGGUUCCAUUAGACUAUUAAAUCGACGUAAUACAGCUCUUGGACAUCGUCAUCGUACAGUUUCUGGCUCAGCAUCACCAAUACCAAGUGCACCACCUCGUACACGAAGUCCAUGGCUGACUAAAGAUUAUGAAGUACCAAAGGGACUUCAAUUUCCAAUCAUUAGUACACUUUUUCAUGAUUCUGUUGUUGCUAGCGAUGGUCAUACAUAUGAACGAGAAGCUAUUAUUCGUUGGAUUCAAAGAAAGAGAGAAUAUGUUUAA